CUUGUGCCGCUUGUUGUGGCGGUAAUGGUGGUGGUGAUGGCGGAUGCGACGCCGCCCGGGAUCGCUAAGAACCCGAGCCAUGCUUCGUGCAAGAUUAAGAAGUAUAAACAUUGUUAUAAUUUGGAUCAUGUUUGUCCUAAGUUUUGCCCUGAUCAAUGUACUGUGGAAUGUGCAUCUUGUAAGCCUAUUUGUGGUGGUGAUGCUAGUCCUCCGCCUGAGGAUGAUCCUACUCCGGCUACCCCGUCUCCUCCGUCGGAAAAUUAUUACUCGCCUCCACCUCCGGUGGUCGUAACUCCGAGCCCUCCUCCUUCAGAACCUACUCCUUCAUAUUCCCCGCCCUUGCCUUCACCGACACCAGUAACUCCUUCGCCUUCGCCUCCGACAAACCCUACCCCUCCGUCAACACCUCCAACGCAUUCCUAUCCUCCGGAGAAUCAAAACCCUCCAUCAUCACCUCCGACGAGCCCUAAUCCUCCAACACCAUCUACUCCAUCGACACCUCCGUCAAACCCUAACCCUCCGACGCAUUCCUAUCCUCCCGGGAAUGAAAACCCUCCAUCAACACCUCCGACGAGCCCCAAUCCUCCAACACCAUCUACUCCAUCGAACCCUAACCCUCCGUCAACACCUCCGACGCAUUCCUAUCCUCCCGGGAAUCAAAACCCUCCGUCAAACCCUAACCCUCCGCCACAUUCCAACCCACCGGAAAAUCCCAACCCUCCAUCAAACCCUAACCCUCCAUCAACACCCCCGACGAGCCCCAACCCUCCAACGCCAUCUACUCCAUCGACACCUCCGACGCAUUCCUAUCCUCCGGGGAAUCCCAACCCUCCAUCAACACCUCCACCAUCUUCCUCAACCGGCGCAGCCAAGAGAGUAAGAUGCAAAAACGCAAAUUACCCUCAAUGUUACAACAUGAUCCACACAUGUCCCAGCGCUUGCCCUAAUGGAUGUCAAGUUGAUUGCGUCACUUGCAAACCCGUCUGCCAUUGCGACAGACCAGGAGCAGUAUGCCAAGACCCACGUUUCAUCGGCGGCGACGGCAUAACCUUCUACUUCCACGGCCAAAAAGACAAAGAUUUCUGUCUUGUCUCCGAUCCCAAUCUCCACAUCAACGCCCAUUUCAUCGGAAAACGAAACCCGUCCUUAACACGAGACUUCACUUGGGUCCAAUCCCUCGGUAUCCUCUUCAACACUCAUCGGCUCUUAAUCGCCGCGCAAAAAACCGCCGUAUGGGACGAUUCUAUCGACCGUCUCACAAUUGCUCUCGACGACGUCCCGGUGGCUCUCCCGGAAUCUGAAGGCAGCCAAUGGCAACACCCUACAGAAAACCCUACCGUCGUCAUCGUCCGGCUCGGUGCAGCCAACCACGUGAUGGUGGAAGCCAAAGGGCUGUUCAGAAUCACAGCCAAGGUGGUGCCAAUAACAGAAGAGGACUCGAGGGUUCAUAGCUAUGGAAUUAGUAAAGGGGAUUCGUUUGCGCAUUUGGACGUAGGGUUUAAGUUUUUCGAGUUGAGCAGCGGAGUGAACGGCGUUUUGGGGCAGACUUAUGGCGCCGGGUAUGUGAGCAACGUGAAUUUGAAGGCGGCUAUGCCGGUGAUGGGUAGGGAGAAGGAGUUUGAAACUUCCAGCUUGUUUGCGACCGAUUGCGCUGUUGCUAGAUUUGGCGGCGACGACGACGGCAAUGGCCAUGAAGAGGUAGCUUGA